AUGUCUUCAGCACUUUUUUCGAUAGUUGCAAUAUUGCCUGUAAUACUAUCGGCUAUUGCCAUUUACUGCCAUCAGCGCACUUAUGGCACUCUCGACAUUACGACUAGCUCAGUAGCCUACGAUCGUGCACAAUAUCACAAUGUACUUGAUUGGGAUAAAUACGCAUUGUAUGUGGAAGGCGAACCGACAAUGAUCUUUUCUGGAGAGUUUCACUAUUGGAGAGUACCUGACCGUGAACGAUGGUCCUACAUACUCAAGCAAUAUCAAUCGAUGGGCAUGAAUACAAUACGCAUUUACUUCCACUGGGGAUAUCAUUCUUCGCAGGAGGGAGAGUACAACUUUGAAGGCAACCGUGACAUCGAAUAUUUGCUUGAUCUCUGUGAGGACCUUGGAUUGUAUGUUUUAGCUGCACCUGGUCCCUAUAUUUGUGCUGAGACGCAAGCAGGAGGCUACCCUGGCUGGCUUAUCGCGAAGCGUCACUUACGCGUCCGACAUGCUCAAUAUAUGCUUUGGCGUACCUAUGAUGAAGAAUUUGCACAGUAUGAGAUUGAAUGGUUGAAUCAUAUCCUCCCGAUUAUUGCCAGGCAUCAAAUUACAGAAAACCAACGAUCAAAAAGAGGAUGCGUGUUAGCCCUUCAACUGGACAAUGAACUUUUUGAAACAAUGGCUGCUAUCUUACCAAUCGGAUUACGGGAUCAAAUGCGCGUGCUUGCCAAAGCUGCACGUGACGCAGGCAUCACAAUUCCUUUAUUCAGCAACGACGGGUUCGAAGAAAGUAGCUGGGUAGCUAGACCAGAACUCGAAUCUCGAAAAGGAUUUUGGUCGACCUCUGCUUUCGGUUUGGAUCUAUACGGCUUUGACAAAUAUGUCGUGUUUCCCCCCACGAGUGAUCCCACUAGUUGGCUUAUUGAUACCGGGAAUUCUACCAGUGGCUGGAAAGAGUGGAGUACAAAGCAUAUGGCAAGCUCAAUGGAUCGAUUGGAAAAGACUGUGCGUGCAUUUGGAGGAGGUGCUAAAGAGUCACCUUUAUUUAUCCCUGAACUACAAGGUGGUUGGUUUAAUCAUUAUCAGCUUGGUCAUACAUACGACCAGAUUUACGAUUUUUACGGUGACGAAUAUACCAAGGACAUCGUGGAAUCUGCAUUGGCUCAAGGCGUAUCCAUGACGAACUUGUAUAUGGUUUAUGGUGGAACGAACUGGGGCACGCUCGGAGAUCCGGACGUCUACACUUCUUACGACUAUUCAGCUUGUAUUCGUGAGUACGGUUAUUUAUCGAUGCGUGGUCGCCGUUUACGUGAGACUAUAUUAUUUGCACGCUCUUUCGAUCCAUAUUUUACGCGUACAGAUCGACUCCCUAAGCGCACCAUCAAAUCGACAAUCAAACGAACGAUAAGCAACCAACGUGUAUCACGCGACGUAGAUAAUCCAGUCCUCUUCACUUUUUUCCGCAACUUCAAUACCGAAAAGAUCGACCUUUUUGAUAUGCAAGUACAGUCGUCGGCCGGCAAUUUUACAAUGAGUUGUUACCUCCCAUACAAGCAUGCAUUCAUAUCUGUUGGCAACUACAAAGCUGCUAAUGGCCUGGUACUUCUGCAAGCUACUGUGCCUAUCCAUCUGCGAAUGUUGAGCGAAGAUCAAACUGAAGAAAUUUGGAUCAUCGAACCGAAUCAGUUUGGUGGAUUGGCCUUUGAGCAUAAGCAAAUGUAUAUCACUGGGAAUAUGCAAGAUGACGUUCUACGACGAGAUGGACCUGCAGAUAUAUUGAAAUUUGAAAAAGAAAGCGGUUGGACAAAGAUCGGAUCGGAAACAGGCAAUUUAUAUAUUAUUGGCUUGACUAAAGCCCAAGUCAGCACGCUUUAUGCUGACUUCCAAGAUCCUUAUUGGACAAAGGGCAAAAAGCGAUAUCCUGGAUUUAUUGCAUGGGGGACCGACACGAUGGUAUAUGAUCAAAAAACCCAGCAGUUGGAUGUUAACUACCGUCAGCAAGAUCGUGAUCUUCACGUUGUUUCGUUUUCGCCUCCAGCUGACAAGCGUCUUGCUCGACCGAAACGAGGACUGUAUUACAGCAUGCCUUAUGUAUACGUAACUGAACUCCAUCAUCAACAACAAUUGCCAGCCCCAAUACACACUGCCCUUAGUAAUUGGCAAGCUCGUACAGUGAAAUUUCUUGAUAUGCAGUGGCAUCCGUUAAAGCAGUUAGAAAAUGGAAAGCUCAGUUUUGAAGCCUUGGAUUACCAUUAUCUCAGUGGACACGUUCUUUACAGCACUGCAUUUGAUACACCUAUCGGCCGCAAUGUGAAGUUAUCUCUCAACAUCCGGCAUCGUGCAACAGUACUCGUCAAUGGACAUGUGGUUGGUGGUCAUACAACCUAUUCACGGCAACUCUUCUCAGCAGGAGCCAAGAUCGGACCCGACCCAUGGUUCUUGGGCACACGCACCUAUGACCUUACACAAUAUUUGUCAGACGACAGCGUUAAUACGCUGGUUGUACUGGUUGACAACUUCGGUCUUAAUCGACAGGCGUUUAUCAUGAAUGAUGUACGGAAUCCUCGUGGAAUUAUCAAGGUGCAUUUAAGUGGCGUCUCACAACAACCGGCAUGGAAGAUAACAGGAACUGAUACCCGUGAGCUUUCGAACCCAUACAAUUCAACCGGAUUUCCCGAUGAGCUUACACCAAGCAAUGAAUGGGCACCAAUGGAAGUUGAUACAGGAGAGGGAAAUCAAUUCGUGCUCAGUACAUCCCAAGGUGCUCAGUGGGUGCAAUUCAAUUUCAAGCAUACACGACUUACCAACAUGCACAUGCCGUUACGUAUGCAUUUGAACGGUUCAUUCACUGCGUUUGUAUUUCUGAACAAUGCAUUGAUUGCACGAUAUUAUGGUAAUGGUGACAGCCCACAGCACGACUUUUAUCUGCCGGACCAGUUACUUCAACAUCGUAACAGCGUUCACAUGCUGGUUUACACUUGGGAAAACACAACCGCUGACGUUUUCAUUUCUGAAUGGCCGGUAAAUCAGAACAGUGGUAAUUUAUUACCAGAAUCUUCGGCCUUUGCCACCGAUGCUUCUGUCCAUGUAGUUUGGAAAGAUGCCCUGAAAAUUUAA